CUUCCAACAGAUCACCCAAGGAACGGGCCCUUGGAGGCUUGGGUUAACUUGGGGACUGCAUCUCCAUGAGAGACGUAUUGGGCUGGUUAACCAGCACUUGAUCGUAUGACCCACAGUUUUUUUCUCAGUUGACAUUAUCUAGGUUGGGGCUAAAUGAGGCUAGCCUGCUUGUUGAGUUCAUUUUUCACCCUUUCAGGACAAUCAAGGGAUGGACAGAGACAAAAACUCUAGUGGGGCAUCCAGAAAAAACAGACAGUGGAGGGGAAGCUUCCACGUAUGCUUGUCAGUUUAGAAGCUCAUUCAGUGAGACAAAAAUGCUGUGGAUCAAUCAGUCUCCCCCACAGACCUAUUAUCUCAAGUAGGGUUGCAGGGAACAACAACUACCAGAUCUCUCUCAAGCACAACCCCACCACUUUAUUAAUCCUUGAUCAGAGGCAAAAACACAUGGUUGCUUCUUUAAAUUAUUCAACCACCCAAAUCGACCAGCAUUACAUUAUUGAGUCUCCCUUGUGCUCAUGAUUCCAAGAAAGAGAAUAUAUAUUAUGUAAAUAGAGCCAAACCCAUGAAAGGGUCACCUAGAGAUGGACACCCAUGAGAGGCAGAGAAGAGGAUCCUUGGGUUCCCAUGACUCUGGUGCUGGAAUUCAGAGCCGGAGGCCUGAACCUGAAGUAGCUAUCAAGCCAAGCAAAGCUCUUUCUCGGCUGAGCUGGGGUUUAAGAAGGUCCUUGACCCAUUGUGACAUCAAAUACACUGGACCUGGGCGAGGACAAACAGAGGCAGAGGCAGGGGAUCUGGUGGAGGCAAGGAAGUCAGUGUCCCAUGUGGAAACAAACAUAUCAUCAGUGGCUGCUUUCUUGCAGGUGAAGGUUCUGGCUGUUGACAUGCCGGCACCCAUGCAGGUACAUGCCUUCCGGUGUGCUCGGCGAACCUUCGACAGCUUAGAUAAGUUCAGUGCUAAACACAUGGCUUACAACAUGAAGAAGGAGUUUGACAGGGUAUAUGGACCUGCAUGGCAUUGCAUUGUUGGCUCAAGCUUUGGAUCAUUUGUUACACACACAACGGGUUGUUUCCUUCACUUCUCAAUGGAAAAAUUGUUUAUCUUGCUGUAUAGGACUAAGGUUCAGAGGGCAACAGUUUGAUUAGGAAGAUUUUCUUUUCUUGGGUUUGUAGUUUUGUACAUGACAUAGCAUAAUAAAGGGGCCCCAUGUGUUGAUUGGAAGAUUCCUUGUAAAAUUGGCGUUUUGAGGGUUUCAAACUAAUCAGUGUUGCAAAUUAUUUAAAACUAAGUUAGGGUUCAUGGAACUUACA